AAGAAUUCAGGUGCUACGCUAGUUUUUCCCUUCAUCAGCGAAAAAUUCUUGAUAGAGAAAAUAAUCCAUUUAUGAAUUCAGGUGCUACGCUAGUGUUCUCUAUUCGUUUCUUUACAUGUACUACAGAAGCACCUUCUCAUUUUCUAAGCGGUAGAUAAAUAUAUGAUCAUUGAUUAUGGGCAAAACCUGGACCUAUGAGAAACCUCCUAGAAAACAUUGAUUUCACUUGACAAAUUUGAAGUUUAAACCCAAAUUUGAGUGGCCAACUUGUACACCAGCUAAGUGCCACAUCCAUACGCAGACCCUCCAAUUCCCUAGCUUUCUUCAGCUUCUCUGCCCACCUUUGGUCUCUCUUCCAACAUGAGUGCUUGUGAGGAGUCGGGGAAGAAGCCAGUAUCAGUUGGGCCAUGGGGAGGACAAGACGGGAUCUCUUUCGAUGAUGGAGUCUACUCCACGGUGAGGCAGGUUGUGAUUGUUCACGGAACCGCCAUUGAUUCCAUUCAGAUUGAAUAUGACAAGAAAAACGCCUCAGUCUGGUCCGAGAAGCAUGGCGGUCGCGGAGGCUAUAGAACUGACAAGAUCAAGCUUGACUAUCCAGAUGAGUUUUUGAUCGCAAUUAAUGGUUACUAUGGCAAGCUAUCUGAGUGGGGCCCAGCCAUAGUUCGAUCACUUACGUUGAAAAGCAACAAGAGAACGUACGGCCCAUUUGGUGCUGAACAAGGAACGUGUUUUUCAUUCCCAAUGAGUGGAGUGAAGAUCGUUGGGUUUUAUGGCAUGGCCGGUUGGUUUGUUGACUCGAUUGGUGUCCAUGUAAAGCCGGUUGAUCAGAAACAGAAUGAGCAGACCCGUACUCUGUUUCACUCGCAGAACUACAUUGUUAAUGCGACGUCGGAUAAUGCCAACGGUUUUUCAGUGAUACAAGGGAGUGUUGGCCAGAGCUAUGAUAUAGUUCUUGCUGUGAGACAGAGAUCAGAUGAUUUUGGCUCUAAAGAAUCUAGUAAACCUUUACCCAGCAAGCUCUCCAGGCAAGUUUCUAGCUCCGAUUCCGAUUCUGAUUCUGAUGGAAAAUCGAGUGGUGCCAGAAACAAAGAUCCCAGAAAGAAGAUCAUGCCCGUUGCGGGGAAGGUGCCCCCCUCGGUUGUCGAAGGUGCGAUAAAGUACGGGCCGUGGGGUGGUACUGGGGGGACAGCAUUUGAUGAUGGAGCAUAUACGGGUAUCAAACAGAUCAACAUAUCUCGUAACGUUGGAAUAGUGUACAUCAAAGUCCUUUACGACCGAAAUGGUGAAUCUGUAUGGGGAAACAAACUUGGUGGAACCGGAGGUUUCAGAACUGAAAAGAUAAUUUUCGACUAUCCAAACGAAAUUUUGACCCAUAUAACAGGCACCUUUAGCCCUGCAAUGAUAAUGGGGCCUAAUGUCAUAAAGUCUCUGACAUUCCACACCACCAAAGGAAAGCACGGCCCGUUUGGAGAUCAACAAGGAUGCCCUUUUACUUCCAAGCUGAAGGAAGGGAGAAUUGCUGGUUUUCAUGGGAGAAAAGGGUUGUUCUUAGAUGCUCUUGGUGUAUAUGUUAUAGAAGGGAAAAUGAUGAUGACUCCUGAGAUAGAUUCUUCUUCAAAAGCAAUAGUCUCACAUGGUGACCAUCAGCAAUCAGCAUUAUCUGAAAUAGACCAUCCUCAGUGGCCUAACAAGUUGAUUCUUACAAAGCGAGGACCAGCGGAAGAGGUUGCUUGUGGAGUGGUAAAAGAACCUUCUUCAUGUGGACCGGGACCGUGGGGCGGGAAUGGAGGGAGGCCGUGGGAUGAUGGAGUGUUUUCCGGGAUUAAGCAGAUAUAUUUGACGAAAUCCUCAGAAGCCAUUUGCUCAAUACAGAUCGAGUACGAUCGAAAUAAUCAAUCAGUUUGGUCUCCCAAGCAUGGAGGCAAUGGAGGCAACACAACACAUCGGAUAAAGUUGGAGUACCCGCAUGAGAUCCUCGUUUGCAUAACUGGCUUUUAUGGCGGCAUUACUAAAGAUGAGAAGGCACAAGUACUAAAGUCAUUAACAUUUUAUACAAGUCGUGGGAAGUACGGUCCAUUUGGAGAUGAGAUUGGGACAUAUUUCACUUCUACGACCACAGAGGGAAAGGUGGUGGGUUUACAUGGGAGGUGCAGUUUCUACUUGGAUGCCAUUGGAGUUCACAUGCAACACUGGCUGGGAAAUCAGAGAACCUCAAAGUCCUCUCUCUUCAAAAUCUUCUGAGUGGCAAUUUUGUGUUUCCAAAAUAAGAUGUGACAUUUUCUUGGAUUUUCCCAUCGAAUUAGCUGUCCGUUGAAAUUUAAAAUAACGAAAA